AUGGGUUUUGGAUAUGAAUUGUCAGAAAAUUCAGAUGAAGAGUCUGUGGACAUUUGUGGACGAUUUGAUGCUUGCAACAUAGUUUAUAAGCCUUAUUUUGGCAAAAAUGUUGUCGAAAAGUUAUGUUUGUGUCCUGAAAGAACAUUCUGCCCUGCCACAUACGAUAAUGACAACAGAAGCUUGUCAAUAAACGCAAGAACUCAAAUGAAGUUUUGCGUGCCAGUAAAAGAACUGCUUAAUGAAUUACCAGAAUGUGAAGUUGGUGGAAAAGCUUUGGAAAUUACAAAAUUCUAUUACAUCAAUCAAAUUAAAAAUAUAUCCACAAAAUUAUUAUGUGGAUGUGCUAAGCAUCCAGUUUAUUGGAGACAUCAUUCACGCGAAGGACAAGCAGUUCCAGAAAAUGAGAAAUUGUUUAAGGCAUUCGAUUAUUUUGAAUGUGCAGAUUUAAGGAAAUGCAAUACAGAUGAAUUUUGUGGAUUAGCUAGAACUGAUUAUGGCUUUAUAUUUCAAAGAUGUACGUGCAAUUAUACAGACGAUUGUCGAUAUUAUGUCGAGGAAACUGACAUUGAAGAGAAUGUCGAGGAAUUAUUUUAUAAUGAGCUAUUUUAUAAGGCACACUGCUUGAGGAAGGAAACAGCAGUUGAUUGGUAG